AGAAGCAGGACAGCACUGACUGUGGAGAGGUGGCGUGGGAUACGCGGGAUGUACAUACAUGCAAGUAACCUGGACGUCAGGUACACAUACAGGACAGGGUUGCAGCUGGUCCGGUUUCAGGCAUCCGGUACCGCCCGCUCGGUAUGGUUCCCUGGGAGGUCUCGGGAAGCGCCACCUUGGAUCGGGUCAGGGUCCAGUUUCGGCUUGCCGAUGGGCGGGAAGCAGAAAGCGGAAAGCGCGGGUUGCUCUCAAGGGGUGGCCGGCCGGAGGGUCACUCGGCAAUCUGCAAUCUCGAAGGCAGCGGGGAUGAUGGUUGGACAAUCGAAGGAUCGACAAACCCCUGCAUGACAUGCCGCAAUUGCUUCGUUCUGAUCACCACCAGGCACUGCUCGUCGUCGCCAUGUGCGUCUCUGAACGCGUCGGGAGAUGCUUCACCGUUACUUCGGUUGUGCCACCAACCCGCGUCGGCUGCUCAAUUGGGCGAGGAAUUGUCCCACGGGGAUGACUAUUUGAUACGGUAUCUCUUUCUUGCGUGUUUGGCGACCCUGCGAUGGAUUGUGGCGGCUGUCGGAUUUGCGUGCCAGUGCCGUUGAGUGCUCGAAUGUCUCGGAUGGGGAGUUCUGGAAACG